UUUUUUUUUAGUUUCCCUCCUAUAUCAAUCUCGUCAUGGCCAAAUCAAAAUCUCCCCGCAAGAACAGCACCAACAACCACAGUCCGCCACCAUCUUCCAACAAGAACAGCACUAGCAGCGCAAAGUCAACUUCUAACGGCAUCGGCACCACCUCUGCCGCAUUGCAGGCUGCUACCUUGAACACACCAUUGUCUUCGCCCAACCAGGCCAAUCAUGCAAAAUCAGACAAUAUCGAGCCCUCCGGUCUACUCAAGGAAACCAAGGUCAAGGUGAUGGGAGCUAUUAAUGAUGUCAAGGACGUGAUGCAAUUGGCCGCCAAUGAGUUUGAAACCGUCGUCGAGAACAAAAAGUUCACACGUAUGGAGUCUCCGGCAGAAGCAGCAGCUGUUAACGCUGCCAAAUCAGAGGCAGAGGCAGAAAAGAUGACGGCGACAUCUGGAUCGGAAUUCUCUACGGGUGUGAGCCGGACAGGAGGAGCAGAAACCAGAGGAAGGAGAUCAUCUGGACUGGGACCAUCAGCACUGUCAUAUCUGAGCAGCAACUUGUUCGACAGCCUGCGGCCCGAUCGAAAGGACGCCGACAACAAAGAUGAGGGCAACGAGAGCGAUAGCAGUGAGAGCAGCAGCGAUGGCAGCGAAAUGGAGUACAGCAGCAGCAGUAAUAGUGAGAGCAGCAACAGCAGUCAUUCGACAGAGGAUGAGGCAUCUGAAGAGGAGGACGAUUAUGAGGAAGAGGAAGAGGAAGAGGAGGAUGAGAAGGCGGCCGAGAACCGAGCGAGUAAUGGAUACAAGGCCGCGAAGAAAAAGAAGCAGCAGAAACAGAGGCAAGCACUAAAGCAGCAGCAGCAACAACAACAACAACAGCGGCAGCAACAGUUGGCGACGAAUGGAUCGCCACGACUGAAGAAAAAAUUGCAAUCGAAACAGGCGUUGCGGAUCCAGCAAGUGCAGCAGCAGCAGCAAGAACAGCAACAGCAGGCACAGCCGCGAUCGCCUACCCGCGCGUCUCCUCUGCCGCCGAGCCCUCGCGACCGCCAUCGCCAUCAUCAUCAUGACCACGAUAAACCCUCCGAUAAAGAGGUCGUGCUGUUGGCAGCCGAGUCCUCAAAUGCCAAGUGGGCCAAUUGGUCGGUCCGCACACUCUGGACGUUGAUCAUGAUCGGGGGUUUCUUUGCCUGUGUCGCUGCCGGUCCCUUAUUUGUAAUUCUGCUGGUGGUCAUGGUUCAGGCACUCGUCUACAAAGAGGUCAUCUAUCUUGCGAACAUCCCAAGCAAGGAAAAGAGGCUGCCUUGGUUCAGGACCAUGAACUGGUAUUUCUUGUUCAGUACCAACUACUUCUUUUAUGGCGAGAGUUUGAUUCACUACUUCCAGCAUGUGGUGUUUGUCGACGCGUUCCUGUUGCCGUUUGCGACACACCAUCGCUUCAUCUCGUUCACCCUCUACGUCAUCGGCUUCGUAUUCUUUGUUGCCAACUUGAAGAAGGGUCACUACCGCUUCCAGUUCUCGCAGUUCGCAUGGACCCACAUGACGCUGUUGUUGGUCGUCUGCCAGAGUCACUUCAUUAUCAACAACAUCUUUGAGGGGCUGAUUUGGUUCUUUUUGCCCGUGUCCCUGGUCAUCACGAACGACAUCUUUGCAUACAUCUUUGGAUUCUUCUGGGGCAAGACGCCCCUGAUCAAGCUGUCACCCAAGAAGACUGUCGAGGGAUUCGUUGGCGGAUGGGUCAUGACCAUUGUCUUUGGUAUCAUGUUCGCGACGUUGUUCCUGAGAUAUCCGUACAUGAUCUGCCCUGUCAAGGACUUGCGUGCGACUGCGUUCAGUGGCUUGACAUGUGAACCCAACCCAGUUUUUGUCCCCGUCAAGUACUACCUCAAGCCCUGGAUGGUAGCGCUUGUUCGCCAUGUGGGGAUGCGCAACCACUAUGUGAUGAUUGCACCCCUGCAGCUUCACACCAUUGUCAUGGCUUGCUUUGCGUCGUUGAUUGCACCUUUUGGAGGAUUCUUCGCGUCCGGGUUCAAGCGUGCGUUCAAGAUCAAGGACUUUGGACAGUCGAUCCCUGGUCAUGGAGGCAUCACGGACAGGAUGGACUGUCAGUUCUUGAUGGGCUUAUUCUCGUACAUGUACUACCAGAGCUUUAUCAAGACGACGGCGUUGUCAGUCGGGGUGGUACUGCAGAGCGCGGUCAAUAAUUUGCAGGGGCAGGAGCAGUUGGAGCUGUUUGAUCACAUGCGACAGUACUUGAUUGGACAAGGAUUGUUGGAUGAGGACAGCUGUGUGAUUAUACCGCCCAAGGAGGCAUGGAUCUCUUGA